AUGGAUUCCAAAAUAGCAAUUCUCAUCCUUGGCUUAAUGGCCAUGGUUCUUCUAAUUUCUUCAGAGGUGUCAGCUAGGGACUUAACCGAAACUUCAACUAACACCAAAGAUGAUGUUGUUGAAAAGUCAGAUGAAUUAAAUAAUGCCAAAUAUUACGGUGGAGGCUACAACCAUGGCGGAGGCGGUGGUUACAACGGUGGUGGAGGAGGCUACAACCAUGGUGGUGGUGGAGGCUACAACCAUGGUGGUGGUGGAGGAUACAAUCAUGGAGGUGGUGGUUACAAUGGUGGCGGAGGAGGAUACAACCAUGGAGGUGGUGGUUACAAUGGUGGUGGAGGAGGAUACAACCAUGGAGGAGGUGGUUACAAUGGUGGCGGAGGAGGGUACAACCAUGGUGGUGGUGGUGGUUACAACGGUGGUGGUGGUUAUCGUGGUGGAGGUGGACAUGGUGGUAGUUUCAACAAUGGUAACUGA